AUGGUGGAUCUCACUCAACAGACGGAUAUCACGACCUUUGCACAUUGUUACGGCGGGAUUGUUGAAAUCGAUCUACGUCAGCUCCUCAAACAACAAUCGACAAUCCGUCACCAUCAGGCCUGGACGUCACAGAGGCGGGUCAAGAGGGCGAUCCCUGACAUCGAUGACGUGGAAUGGAACUCGACCUUGGCUUAUGUCCACGACAGGCACGCAGUCUUCACCUUUUACAGCAACAGCAAGGACUCUCACCAACGCACACAUCAUAUCAAAAAGCUGCAUGGAAUGCUGCCCACUCUGAACUCCAUGCAGGCUCGCAAGCCCAACCUGUACCCAACAUGCGUGUGCCGACGAUGCGAGCUCGAGAAUGAGGAUAACGAUCACGUCUGGAAAUGCCCUUCGGCAGCUGAGACCACCACUGAGAUCUGGAAGGAGGCCAUGGGCAAGAUUAAUGAGUGGGGUGUGCAGGCGACAAACAGCUACAACGCAGCCAGGAAGCGAGAAUACAAACGCGCGGUGGACAGAGGUCGUCAGGUACCGAGGCCAGUACCCAUACACUGGUGGCCCCCUUCGGAUGCGGAUCAUGUGCGAGGAUUUUCCUCCAUCGGUGGAGCUCGAGCCGUGCACAGCGGUAGUCCAGCUCUCGAUCGAGACGAGAAACCGAUGUGGAAUGUGUCGGAUCUCCUCCGCGGCAUCACCCCCUUGAGCAUGUUGACUGAAUGGUCCGCGGUUUUCCGGACCCCAAUGUCCAUCGCCAAGACAGUCCUUCACAAGUUUGUUGGCUACCUGGAGGCGCAGGCCUCGGAGCUGAUCUGGAAACCUCGGUGCUCCGCGACGAUCGCGUGGGAGCAGACCCAGGGUAUCUCUGCCAAGAACAAGACAUCCAAGUACACAGGCCCCCGAGGUGACUGGAGUCAAGGAUACGGUUACAUCACGCACGAUGGUUUCUCAGCGACAAUUGUUGCGCAGAGCCAGGUUCUGGACCGGACUGCGACUGGUGGAUGGUGCACUGAAGAGUUUGGUCUGUAG